AUGCUGCAAUUGGCUGCUGACGCAAUUCUCGGCAAAAAAGACAAAUUCAGGUUCUGUAAAGAAGUUAAAUGUUCACACACUGUUCUGACCCAAUUUGUUCUGAGUGGUGGGAGAUUCGUAUAUGCAUCACUGCUGCGUCUCCUUGUCUUGAAGUUUGUCUUGAGCAUGUCAGCAAGUAAGGAUGUGCUUGCACUUGCUUCCCUUGAGGUUGAUCUAUCCAGCAUUGAACCCGGUAGCACAGUGACUGUCAAGUGGCGUGGAAAGCCAGUCUUCAUCAGGCGACGGACAGACGAUGACAUCAAGCUGGCCAACAGCGUGGAUGUUGCAUCCCUGCGCCACCCAGAGCAAGACGCUGAGCGUGUGAAGAACCCAGAGUGGCUGGUGGUUAUUGGUGUCUGCACUCAUCUUGGUUGCAUUCCCCUUCCCAACUCUGGAGACUUUGGUGGCUGGUUCUGCCCGUGCCAUGGCUCCCACUAUGACAUCUCUGGCAGAAUCCGCAAGGGCCCUGCCCCGUACAACCUUGAGGUGCCCACCUACAGUUUCUUGGAAGAUAACAAGAUGCUCAUAGGCUAAGAGCCUAAAACCAGUACCUACCGACAUAUAUUAUCCACAGGAGUGAAUUCCUGUUGCGCUGUUAUUUUGUUUUCAAUGUGGCUAGGAGUUUUUGUUUCAGGACUAUCGCAACGGUGAUCCACUGUUACCUACUGAAGUUCAUUUGCAGUGCGAAAUAAUUAUUUCUCCUAUGUUGCUACUGGAUUGCAAGUUGUUUUGUACUGAUUUUCUGAGACCCUAUCGGAAGGAUAUUGUAUACCUCUUCUGGUCCUUGCUCCCUAUAUAUUUGAUAAAUAAGCAAACAUACUAUUCUUCA